GGGUAUGGAUAUGGACACUCCCGCGAGUCCUGCAGAAGGAUUCGUUGGACCUAAUGAUGGUUCGGGUACUAAUAAAAUGGGGGCAGCCAAGCCCGAGAAGGCGGAAGCGUGUGGAGUGUCGUUGAUUGAAGUUUUUAGUCCAGAGCAAGUCCGGGAGCAUAUUAAGAGUCUCAAGCAGGGGAUGGAGCAGAGUAAACCGAAGACAGGAAAGAAUUAUGCUGUGGAGCAGACAAUGUCUGAUGAUCCUUGCCAGUUAUGUGGGAUGGCGAAGGUUUUUUUUGAGCCUGUGCCUGUUUAUUGCACGCUUUGUGGCUCUCGUGUCAAACGAAGUGCAAAGUACUACACUGCAGGAGCUGUUGAUGCACGACGACAUGUUUGUAGUUUUUGCUUUGUGCAAAAUGCAGGGGAAAGUUUGGUUGUUGAUGGAACUGCUUAUCCUAAGGCGGAAUUUGAGAAGCAAAGAAAUGAUAAAAUUGCAGAAGAAGGAUGGGUUCAGUGUGAUAAGUGUCCUGCUUGGCAACAUCAGAUAUGUGCAUUGUUUAACAGUCGAAGGAAUGAAGGCGGUCAAGGUAAAUUCACCUGUCCAAUCUGCUACAUUGCUGAAGUUGAAAGAGGAGAGCGUUCGCCCUUGCAACAGAGUGCAGUGCUUGGAGCAAAAGAUCUUCCAAGAACAAGCCUCAGCGAUCACUUAGAGCAACGACUGCUUAAAAAACUGAAGCAGGAGAGGGUAAAUAGAGCAAGGAUUCAAGGGAAAAACUAUGAUGAGGUUCCAGGAGCAGAAGGCCUUGUUGUCAGAGAUGUGUCAUCAGUGGACAAAACAGUGGAAGUGAAGAAGCGGUUUUCUGAGACUUUUAAGGAAGUGAAUUACCCGAAUGAGUUUGCCUACAAGUCCAAGGUAGUAUUAUUGUUUCAGAAGAUUGAAGGCGUGGAUGUGUGCCUAUUUGCCAUGAUUGUUCAGGAAUAUGGAGCAGAUUGUCAACAACCAAAUCACCGACAUGUAAAUUUGUCGUACAUGGAUUCUGUAAAGUACUUUAAGCCAGAGAUUAAGGCAGUUACUGGAGAAGAUCUUCGGACAUUUGUUUACCAUGAAAUUUUGAUAGGAUACCUUGAACAUUGCAAAACACGUGGUUUCACGAGUUGCUACAUUUGGGCCUGUCCUCCAAUCAAGGGCGAUGAUUACAUAUUCUAUUGUCAUCCGGAAACACAAAAGACACCAAAAUCUGAUAAGCUCCGGGACUGGUAUUUGACAAUGUUGGAAAAAGCUGCAAAGGAAAAUAUUGUGGUUGAGAUAACUAAUUUAUACGACCAUUUCUUUGUUUCUGAUGGUAGCACUGGUGAGUGUAAAGCGAAGGUGACUGCAGCUAGACUUCCAUAUUAUGAUGGGGACUAUUUGCCAGGUGCUUCUGAAGAUUUUAUUAAUCUAAUUGCAUGUGGUCAAUCUGAUCUUUCUGGAAAUGCAACAAAGGAUGUUUUGCUUAUGCAUAAACUCGGUGAAGCUAUCAGCCCAAAGAAGGAAGAUUUCAUUAUUGUCCAUUUGCAAAAUUCAUGCAGUCAUUGCUGUACUCUGAUAGCAUCUGGAAACUGUUGGAGUUGCUGCCAGUGCAAAAAUUUCAGGCUAUGUGACAAAUGUUAUGAAGCAGAACAGAAACUCGAGAAGCGAGAUAGGCAUCCUAUCAAUAAACCAAGGGAAAUCCAUAUUAUGUAUCCUGUUGAAGUUAGUGGUGUACCUGCAGAUACACAAGAUAAUGAUGAGAUUCUUGAAUGUAAGUUCUUUGACACUCGUCUGACUUUUCUGGGCUUUUGUGAAGGCAACCACUAUCAGUAUGAUACCUUGCGUCGUGCUAAACAUUCUUCAAUGAUGCUUCUCUACCAUCUUCACAAUCCAAAUGUUCCAGAAUUUGUUCCUCUAUGUCAAGUCUGUCGUCUUAAUAUUGAAACGGGUCAAGGUUGGCACUGUGAGACAUGUCCUGACUACAAUAUGUGCAGUGCUUGUUAUAAAAAGGAUGGGGAAAGUAAUCAUCCUCACAAAUUGACUCAGUACUCCCCAACCGUGGAUUUGGAUGCACAGAAGAAAGAGGCUAAGCAACAAAAGGUUAGUCGUAUGAGAAAGAUGCAUGAUCUGCUUGUGCAUGCUAUUCAGUGUCAAAAUUGCCCGAACCCUGGUUGUCACAAGAUGAAAGGCCUUUUACAGCAUGCUGCACAAUGCAUAACACAUGAGACUGGUGGCUGUUUUGAGUGUAAAAGAAUCUGGUAUCUGUUUAAACUUCAUGCUGCAGUUUGCCCAGUAUCUCAAUGUCAUGUGCCCUACUGCAGAGGUCUAAAGGAACGCAUGAGGAGGAAAAAGGAGCAGGCUGAUUCUCGUGAUACAGAGGGGAUGAGACAACUGUCUGCUGAGGUUUCUGGCGUAUGUUGAUGUAAAACGUGGAAGAUUGUUGAUCGGCACAAUUGUGUUUGCUGAAGUUCAUCAAAUGUAUUGACAAGAAUUGUAGCUUUUUCAAUAUGAAUAUGUUUAUUUCUGGAAGACUCACUUCUGUAAAUGUUGAAUGAAAUGAUGCUUAAUU